AUGGCCCUCCGCUGCCAAGGCAACCAGUUCUUGCAGUCAGUGUCAUCGGCAGGCCUGAGCGCGAAGAAGGGGGCCUGGCUCUAUGGCGACUACCUCAAUGAGCUCCCCGGGGUGCACGACCCGGUGACAUGCGCACAGAUUCUCGGCUUGCAGCAUGAUCUUGCCGACAUGGCCAAGACUAUCGACAACCCUCGGAUUGAUGAUGGAGGGGAAGAGGAAGCGAAGGAUGGGGGCAAUGGAUGGCAGAGUAUGGUGUUGAUGAAGGCCACGCCCCUGAUGAACGAUGAGAUUCGUGGUGACCUUUGGACAAAGGUGAUGGCGGUUGUGCCGAUUGUCGUGCGGUACUGGAAUGGUGGCACCAACGACGACAUUGCCGACUGGAUCACUGGCGACAUGGGGCGCACGCCACCUGUGACGGAUCUCUGA